AUGGAGAUACCACCAACAUUCAAAGAGACCAAAGCAUUACCAUGUAUAGUCCCAAAUGACAAAUUUAAUUGCAUGGGGAAGAGAAAAAGGAAGAUCUCUGUCGAUGUACAUAUGCACAGAAUCUGUGGCCGAUUAGGAUGGGCUAAAACCAAGUGUUCAUCAUGCCCAGUAAAUAACCUUUGCCUCGUUGGCAUCAAAGAAAUGAAAUCUUUAAUUAAAAAGAAAAAAAAAAAAGAUUGUUAA